CAGAUUAACAGGAACUUCACAAGCACAUCAACAUACUUUGGCUUGCAACUGGAAGUGUAACACGCUGAAGUCUCCUGGGUUAAAGAUGAGCAGCGCUGGAGAUUGCUGCUUGAUGAAAUCCCCCUCUUCAGAGAGGAAGAGGCUGUCACUGGGACCCCAGAACCACUGUGAACAGAUUGAACGAUGGCUGCAGCCCUUCAGACUGUCCCAGGAGCAGCUCGCUGACAUCUCUGCCCGCCUGCUCACAGACAUGGAGAGGGGGCUGGGGGAGCACACCCACGCCCAGGCCACGGUCAAGAUGCUGCCCACGUUUGUGAGGUCCACGCCGGACGGCUCAGAGUCGGGGGACUUCCUGGCACUGGAUCUAGGCGGGACCAAUUUCCGUGUUCUGCUGGUCAAGGUGGUGGCAGAUGGGAACAGACAGGUGAAGAUGAAGAGCGAGAUAUGUGCCAUCCCCGAGGAGAUCAUGCUGGGCACCGGCACACAGCUGUUUGACCACAUCGCUGCCUGCCUGGCUCAGUUCCUGGACUUGCAGGGAAUCAAAGACCAGAUCCUGCCCCUGGGCUUUACCUUCUCCUUUCCCUGUGAACAGAAAGACCUGGACCAGAGCGUGCUGAUCUCCUGGACGAAGGGGUUCAAGUGCUCCGGCGUGGAAGGGCAGGACGUGGUGAAGCUGCUCAGGGAAGCUAUCCACAGGAGGGGGGAUUAUGAUAUCGGCUCGGUGGCUAUGGUAAAUGACACUGUGGGGACCAUGAUGAGCUGUGGGUACAAGGAUCACAGCUGUGAGAUCGGCCUGAUUGUAGGCACUGGGACGAACGCUUGCUACAUGGAGGAGCUGCGCAAUGUGAAGAGAGUGAACGGAGAUGAAGGGCUCAUGUGUGUGAAUAUGGAGUGGGGCGCCUUCGGAGAUGACGGGGUGCUGUCCGACAUCCAGACCGAGUUUGACCGGGAGGUGGAUGGCAAGUCCUUGAACCCGGGCAGGCAGACCUUUGAGAAGAUGAUCAGUGGGAUGUACAUGGGGGAGAUAGCCCGUCUCAUCCUGGUCAAACUGGCCAAUGAGAAGCUGCUGUUCCGAGGAAAGACGACGCCAGCCCUACUCGCCAGGGGCAGCUUCAAAACCAAACACAUCUCUGAAAUCGAGAAGGAUAUGGGCAGCCUGACCCGAGCCCGAGAGAUCCUGAUGAACCUGGGGCUGCAGUGCAGCGAGGAGGACGCCGCCGUGGUCCAGCAGGUCUGUGUGGCUGUGUCCACACGUUCCGCCCAGCUCUGCGCGGCCGCCCUAGCAACAGUCACCAAGCGCAUCCGUGUGAACCGAGGACUGGAGCGCCUCAGCACCACAGUCGGGGUGGAUGGGACAGUCUACAAGAUGCACCCCUGGUUCAGCCAACGCAUGCAGGCAGCUCUGUUCUCGCUGGCCCCAGAGUGUGACAUCUCCUUCCUGCUGUCGGAGGAUGGCAGUGGGAAGGGCGCUGCCUUGGUGAUGGCGGUGACCAAGAGGCUGGCCAAUGGACCGCACCUCCUUGACAAUGCCACUCAGGAGGACUGAACAGCAGGAAGUGGCCGCGCGUGUGGAGCGGGAGACACGCUGCAGCCUGCUCACUGCAACACUCUCAAAUAGAAAGUGAAAUGACCACAGCAUGUUCCUUUAUUAUAUGAAGCUUGUGUGCAACAGGAGGCACUGGAAUUAGAAACCGGUGCCUAAGGGGUGUUAUUGAGAGGGCUGGGUUAAUUAACGCUGCUAAUGAUUUUCACCUCUAGAGGUCAAAUCUGUCUCAGGUCACAUGUGAAAUUAAUGAAAACCACGUGGAAAUCCAUCACACAACUGGACAAAGUAGCCGGUGUUCCCUUGAGAGAGGCCCAGAGCUGGCAGGCAGGCAGGGAGGUUCAAGCCAGGAUUGAGGUUCACUCCCAGAGCUGUGAGCCAGCGUCUCUUCCAUGAGCACUAAACCCUCAAUUAAAGAAACAGAAAGAGAUGUGAUUAUAUGUGACUCUGAGCAUUGAGAAGGGGCUCCGAGAGGCAGGAUAGAGGCAGUGUUUAGUCAUGUAUAGCAGUCCUGUGCUAAUGCUGGCUCUAUACAGGUCCAGUGUCCUGUACAAGCACAUUGCAAAAUACGCUUCCAUUAUAGCACAUCAGUGCGGUACUGUUUAUAUUAUGCACUGAACAAAGAAAAACACACAAUUUAAAAAACUCCCUUUUUUACAACCAGUUUAUUGUGUUGAUGGCUUUAUUCAUUUCAGUGUGUGUUGAAUUUUAUUUAACCCUUUCAAGCAUGGCAACCUCAUUUGGGGACGACUAAAAAAAAACCUAUUCUCGUCUUUAUAUGGGGAUAUAUGAAAGAUGCAAAUGCAUGAUAGCCUCAUAUUCUUUCAAUAUUUAAUGCAUGAAAGAGUUAAAGUCUGAUAUGUCUCCUCAUUUCGAAUGAUUGUGCUUUGCAAAUAUCCCUAGCCGAUAGAGUCUCCCUCUAGUGGAGGACUGUGGUACUGCAUAAAGUCAUUUCGUAACAUGUCAUUAGCUUGUGUGUUGUGGCUGUGUCCUUAUUCUAUAUAUACAUGAAGUACAUGUGAAGUUAAGAAUCUUGGAAUUAUUAUUAUUAUUAUUAUUAUUAUUGGUGGUCAUGGAUAUAGCGGUUUGUAACUGGUUAUGCAAUAAAUGUGUCUUUCCUUCCAGAA